AUGAAACGAGCUAAUACAGACAAUCAACCAAUAUGUUAUAUUCCUUCAACUACAUCGAUUAAUCUUCCAUCCUCAACUCCAUCAUCAUGUGUACCCCAGAUGCUGUUGAAGAGACUAAAGCCACACUUUCCAACCAAACCACCUACAAAUUUCAUACCCUCUAAUCAAGCAGAAAUCAUUUCUCGAGACAUAUUGCAAACACUCGAUAUUAUAAGUCCCAUGAAUAAUGACGAAAGUUAUUUCAAGUAUAUUUUCUUUUUAGGAGCCCAGGGUAAAGAGUUUAUUGCAUCAAUUCAAGAACAAUUCCCGUUUAAUAUCCCUGUUUUAUUUAUAACUUCCAAUAGUUUCGGUUGCACUAAUCCACAAUGUCAAGAAUUAAUGACUUAUUUUGGAAUCAAGGAUCCAUUGGGUGGUGGUAUGUAUCCACUAGAUUAUCUUCUUAUAGUCCAUGACGACAAAAUUCACUGUAAAGUUCCUAUUAAUUUUACCGGUUCCAAUAAUAGAGGCAACAAUUUACAUGGUGGAAUACCUGGUCAUUUAAAAUUCAGCGUUGGAUUAAAUGAACUACCUUCAUUGAUUGAAGAGUAUAUAAAGUAUAAAUAG